CAGGCGCAGUCCGCGCACCUUCUGCAAGCCUGCCGGGCGCCGGGGUGCAGUCGGACUGGGUGUCACUUGACCCAGCAUCUGGCCAACUCUUCUGUUCAGCCUUGUCCUUGGGGAAGAGGGAGGGGCAAGAGAGACGGUUCCGAGGCGCCAUCAAAAAAAGAACGUGUAUUUUUCUGAAAGCCAUGCUCCUAGAAUUUGGGGUGUGCCAGUCUCUGGCAAAGGGCGGAAACCCUAGAUGUGCUACAGAGUCAUCCCGCCGCGGGAUUCCGGUGUCCGCUGUGCUAGCGGGAGUGGGCCUGCUACUGGCCUUUCUUAGCACGCUUGGCUGCUGUGUACGGGCCCCAGGUUUGAACAUGGCAGAAGAGGACAACUUGGUGUCAGUGGAUUACGAAGUUUUUGGGAAGGUGCAAGGGGUGUUUUUCCGGAAAUACACUCAGGUAUCAAUGAGUUUAAAGGGAUUUAAGUCAUACACAGAAUGUUCUUCAGCCACAGUGGAACUAAAAUCCAAACCUUUCUGGAAAGAUAACUGGAAAACACCAAACUAUUCAGAAAGUGUAAAACACAUGUUUUUCCCCAUAAAAUUGUGGUAAAAUACCACAGUUGUAAAAUUCACUAUUUUAACCAUUUUAAAAUGUAUAAUUCAGUGGCCCUAAGCCUGUUCACAUAUUGUUGGGCUACCAUGACCAGGAUCAAUCUACAGAACUCUUUUUAUCUUGCGAAACUGAAAUGUAGUACCCGCUAACCAGUUAACUCCCUGUUUUCCCCUCCCCCUCAGCCCUUGGCAAUCAUGAGUCCACUUUAUGAAUCCAACUCAAAAAUGACAUGAUGUAGUGUUUAUCCUUGUGUGACUGGCUUAUUUCACUUAGCAUCGAGGUUCAUCCGUGUAUUGUGAGUCAGAAUUUCCUUUUAAGGCUGAGUAAUAUUUUAUUAUAUAUUCUCAGUGUGGUUUUCAUUUACUUUCUAAUGACUGAAGAUGUUGAGCAUCUUUCCAAUGUGUUUACUGGCACAUGAGCUUUUCUCAUGUGUCUUCUUUGGAGAAAUUUCCUUUUUAGGAGAAAUUUCAAUUUAAUUUCUUUACCAGUUUGUUAAUUUUUGUGUUAUAAGAAAAAUUCUUAUAUAUUCUGGAUAUUACUCUUAGUAGACAUAUGAUUUACAAAUAUUCCUCCCAUUCUAUAAAAAGGGUUUUGUUUUUUUUUUUGGUAUGGGGAUUGAAUUUGCAACCUUGCACUUGCCAGGCGGGUGCUUAUGCUGCUGAGCUAAAUUCCUAGCCCCUAAAAAGGUCUUUAAAGUGCAAAAAAUUUAAUUUUUUUUUAAAGACAGGGUCUUACUCUGUAAUUCAAGCUGCAGUGGAACUCACUGGAUACCCCCAGGCUAGUCUGAAAUUCAUGGCAAUUCUUUUGUCUCAGCCUCUUGAGUCUGGGAUUACAAGCAUGACCACCAUACUAGGCAAAAGUUUUUAAUUUUGAUUAAGUCUAAUUUAGCUAAGCUUUUUUCUUUUUUGCUUGUGCUUCUAGUGUCAUAUUUAAAAACCAUUGUUUAGUCUAAGGUAAUAAAGGUUUAUGGGUGUGUUCUCUUCUGAGACUUUCGUACUUUAAGAUUUAAAUCGUUGCCCCAGUUUCAGUUAUUUUUUUCAUGUGUUGUGAAGAAGUCCAACUUUAUUUAUUUAUCUGUUUUUUUUUUUUUUUUGUCUUUUUCCUUUUUAUCGGUACCAGGGAUCGAACUCACAACUGCCUGCUUUCAAGGCAAGCGCUUAUGCCGCUGAGCUAAACCCCCAGCCCCUAUCUGUUUAUUUUUUGAGAUACUGUCUUGCCCAGUAGCUCAGGCUGGCCUAGAAUAUGUGGUAUUUCUCCUGCUCCAGCUCUUUUUUUUUUUUUUUUUUUUUUUUUUUUGUCUUUUUCCUUUUUAUCGGUACCGGGGAUCGAACUCACGACUGCCUGCUUGCAAGGCAGGCACUUGUGCCGCUGAGCUAAAUCCCCAGCCCCCGUCCUGCUCCAGCUCUUAAGUGCUGAGAUUAUAGGGUUGUGCCAGCAUGUCUUACUGUUCUUUCUUUUCAAGAUUUUUUUUUUUUUUUUUUUUAGCUCUUCUGGGUCUUUUAUGGUUCCAGGCGAAUUUAAGGUCAUUUUAUCAAUUUAUACCAAAAAAUGCUGAAAUAUUUACAGCUUGUGUUGACUCUGUAGAUUAAUUUGAGAAUAUUGUAAUCUUAAGUAUUAAAAACAAGCAGAAAAACAAUAUUGUCUUGCAAUUCAUGAACAUGGUAUGUCUUUCCAUUUCUUUAAGAUCUUCUAGUUCUUUCGACAAGUUUGUACUUUUUCUUGUACUUUUUGUUAAAUUUGUUCCUGAAUAUUUUAUUAUUUUUGAUGUUACUGCAAAUGGAAUUAUUUCCUUAAUUUCAAUUUUGAUUGUUCAUUUAAUAAAUAGAAAUAAGAUUUUUGUAUGCCAAUUUUA